CAGUCCUCGGUGUACCGCUCGGAGCACCGCGUCGCCGGCCGCUCCCGACCCUCCCUCGGCAGCCGUCCGUCGGCGUUCGCGAACCUUCUCGCGGCCGCCGCAUCCGGUAGUUACCCGGCCGCGGGCUAUGGCCACCGCGGGGUGCGCUCGGCUCCUGCGCGCCGUCUCGGCGCCCCUCGGCGGCCCGGCCCGCCGCUGGCUGCUGCUGGCCGGAUCUCGCACGGGAGCCGGCGGCCGGCCGGGGAGCUGGAGGCCGGGGGCCAGCGCCGAGCCGGGCCUGGGCGGCCGGGGCGCGGGAGCGAGGCGGCUCCUCAGCCAGUCGGCGCCGGCGCGGAGCAGCUCAGAAGAUAAAGUAACAGUUAACUUUAUAAACCGUGAUGGUGAAACACUAACAGCCAAAGGCAAAGUUGGCGACUCUCUGCUAGAUGUUGUCAUUGAAAAUAAUCUAGAUAUUGAUGGUUUUGGUGCGUGUGAGGGAACCCUGGCCUGCUCCACGUGUCACCUCAUUUUUGAAGAACACAUAUAUGACAAGUUACAGCCGGUCACUGAUGAGGAGAAUGACAUGCUUGACCUGGCGUAUGGACUGACAGACAGAUCACGGUUGGGCUGCCAAAUCUGUUUGACAAAGUCUAUGGACAAUAUGACUGUUCGAGUACCUGAUGCAGUGUCCGAUGUCAGACAGUCCCUUGAUAUGGGCAAGAACUCCUAAGCUGGAAUAAAGAGAUACAUUUUACACAA